UCAUCACUAACCCUUAAACCCUAAUUUCUCUCUGAAACCAUUUCCACAACCCUUGGUGCCCACACGGCAGGUAAAAACUAGGUUUCCGGGAUGGGUAGGGUUAUCAGGGCACAACGUAAAGGAGCAGGUUCCGUUUUCAAAUCCCACACACAUCACCGUAAAGGACCAGCACGUUUCCGAAGUCUCGAUUUCGGUGAAAGAAACGGUUACCUUAAAGGAGUAGUAACUGACAUAAUUCAUGAUCCUGGUCGUGGUGCACCACUUGCUAAGGUUACUUUCAGACAUCCAUUUAGGUAUAAGAAACAGAAUGAACUUUUUGUUGCUGCUGAGGGACUUUAUACUGGACAGUUUAUUUAUUGUGGGAAAAAAGCUACACUUGUUGUUGGUAAUGUUUUGCCAAUAAGAUCUAUUCCUGAAGGUGCUGUUAUUUGUAAUGUUGAACAUCAUGUUGGUGAUCGUGGUGCUUUUGCUAGAUGUUCUGGUGAUUAUGCUAUUGUUAUUAGUCAUAACCCUGAUAAUGAUACUUCUAGGAUUAAGCUACCAUCUGGCUCAAAGAAGAUUAUUCCAAGUGGUUGCAGGGCUAUGAUCGGACAAGUUGCAGGUGGAGGAAGAACUGAGAAGCCACUUCUUAAGGCCGGUAAUGCUUACCACAAAUUUAGAGUGAAGAGGAAUUGUUGGCCUAAGGUUCGUGGUGUGGCUAUGAAUCCAGUUGAACAUCCUCACGGAGGAGGUAACCAUCAACAUAUUGGACAUGCUAGUACUGUUAGGCGUGAUGCUCCUCCUGGACAGAAGGUUGGUCUCAUUGCCGCUAAGAGAACUGGUCGUCUUAGGGGACAAGCUGCUGCAACUGCUGCUAAGGCUGAUAAUUGAUAAGAUUACUUGAAGAUAUUUUUAGCAUUUAACUUCAUUGCAAGAUUUUGAAAUUUAGUUUUGUUUCAUUGUUUCUUCUAAAUUGGUUGGGUGGUUUUGACUUUUGAGAACAUUUUGCCCCAUUUUUUUAUAUGAUACUUUUAAAUGACAACUUUUACAUUUUCCC